CAGCUAUCCCAUUCUAUUCGACUCCUAUCCAGACCACAGCAUGACACCCCGUCCGCCCAUCCUCCCCCCGCCCCUCCGCCCAGGCGAUCUGAUAGCCCUAAUCUCCCCUUCUUCACGCUUGAACGACGACCUCCCCACCCCCCUCCAGCGUGGGCAAUCCUUCCUCGAAUCCCUCGGCUUUCGCGUCUGCACGAUCUACACCCCCUUUCCGAAACCCAUCACCAUGGCCGAGUCCAUCCGCAUCCGCACCGAGGAACUGCACGCCGCCUUUGCGGAUAACUCGAUCCGCGCCAUCCUCUGCACGCUGGGCGGCCAACACGCCAACGAACUGUUACCGUUUCUCGACUACGAGUUGAUUCGCGCCCACCCCAAGAUCUUUCUGGGCUAUAGCGACACCACCUUCCUGCACUACGCGCUCGAGUCGCGCGCCGGCCUGCGCACCUUCUACGGGCCCAGCCUGCUGACGGACUUUUGUGAUGUCGGAGGGCCGCUGGCGUUUACUGUGGAGCACUUCCUGCGUGUGUUGACGGGGAGCGGCGGGGUGGUGGGCGCGCUGCCGCGCUCGGAGCGGUGUUCAGUGGAUCAUAAUGAUUUUCAGUAUCUGAGGGAUCACUCAAUGCUCGAGCGGGCGACGGGGCCGUCGCCGCCGUGGCGGUGGGUGAAGCCGGGGCGGGCGGAGGGGAAGCUGUAUGGGGGUACCGUGCAUCUGGUGGAGCGGUUGCAGGGAACGGGGUUUGCGCCCACCUCGUGGACGGGGCAUAUUUUGUUGCUGGAGUCGGCGAUGGGAGGGGAUAGGAUCGGCACGCCGUAUCCAUUGAGUCGAUUCCGGGGGAAUUUGGUGGAUCUGGCCUUAUCGGGGGUGUUGGGCGAGAUUAGUGGGUUGGUGGUGGGGAGGGGGUUCAAGUAUGAUGCGCGGAUGCAGGAUGAACUGGCGGGGGUGAUUGUCGAAGUGUUGGAGACGGUGGUGGGCAGGAAGGAUGAACUGCCGGUGUUGAUGAAUGUCGAUGUGGGCCAUACCAGUCCCUUCUUGACGUUGCCAUUUGGGGCCAGAGUCCGGCUGGAUUCCGAGGCGGAUGAAUUUGCCGUCUUGGAGGCGGGGGUGGCAGAAGGACCCCUUGAGUAAUUCACCUAUAUUAUUGAUUAC